CCGCCGCCGCCAUGGAAGCCAUCAAGAAGAAGAUGCAGAUGCUGAAGCUGGACAAGGAGAACGCGAUAGAUCGAGCCGAGCAGGCGGAGGGCGACAAGAAGCAGGCGGAGGACCGGUGCAAGCAGCUGGAGGAAGAGAAGCAGGGCCUGGAGAAAAAGCUGAAGGGAACCGAGGAUGAAGUGGACAAAUAUUCCGAAGCGGUCAAGGAGGCGCAGGAGAAGCUGGAGAUGGCCGAGAAGAAGGCGACCCACGCUGAGUCAGAUGUGGCAUCUCUGAACCGCCGUAUCCAGCUGGUGGAGGAGGAGCUGGACCGAGCGCAGGAGCGCCUGGCCACCGCGCUGCAGAAACUGGAGGAGACGGAGAAGAUGGCUGAUGAGAGUGAGAGAGGCAUGAAGGUCAUCGAAAACCGUGCCAUGAAGGAUGAGGAGAAGAUGGAACUCCAAGAGAUGCAGCUGAAGGAGGCCAAGCACAUUGCUGAAGAGGCAGACCGCAAGUAUGAGGAGGUUGCCCGUAAGCUGGUGAUCCUGGAGGGUGACCUGGAGCGCUCCGAGGAGAGAGCCGAGGUGGCCGAGAGUAAAUGUGGGGACCUUGAGGAGGAACUGAAAAUUGUCACCAACAACCUCAAAUCUUUGGAGGCCCAGGCUGAUAAGUAUUCCACCAAGGAGGAUAAAUACGAGGAGGAGAUCAAGCUGCUGACAGACAAGCUGAAAGAGGCUGAGACUCGGGCAGAGUUCGCUGAGAGGUCUGUGGCAAAGUUAGAGAAGACCAUUGACGAUUUAGAAGACGAGGUCUAUGCCCAGAAGAUGAAGUACAAGGCCAUCAGUGAGGAGCUGGACAAUGCGCUGAAUGACAUCACUUCCCUCUGAGCCCCAGCACGGCUUCCCUCCCCUGCCCUGCCCUGCCCUGCCUUGCCAGCCACCCUCUUGGCACCCCCUCCUUCUGCAGAUGCACUGCCAGCUCCCUUCCCCUCCCCACACUUGUCCAAGUGCACCCCUGGGGGGGUGGGGAGGGCUUUCCAUGGGGGGCGGGGAUUUCCCAAGUGCCUCUAGCGCUGCAGUAUUGGGGGGCUGGCUGUGCUAGCAAAGCAGCCUGCCUUAUGUGGGGCAGGGGGAGCUCUGUGGGCCAGGAAGAGGAUCCUGCUUGGGUGGGAAGGAAGGGCCGACAGGCAGCUUAGACCCCAGGCCCCUGCUGGACCCUCUCAGCUCUGCUUGUCUGUCCUUGCCUUUCUUCCGUGGUGCCUUCCAUGUUCUUCUGUUCUCAUCUUCUUCCAGCCUUCGUUUCAAUAAACAUCUCUCAAGCUCUC